CAGCUGAAAAGAAUGGGUAGAAAACCAUGCUGUCUCAAGGAGGGGGUCAACAAAGGAGCAUGGUCUGCGCAGGAAGAUAAAAUCUUAACCAACUAUAUUGAACUCCAUGGAGAAGGCAAAUGGAAUACUCUUCCCCAAAAAGCUGGUUUGAACAGAUGUGGGAAGAGCUGCCGGCUACGAUGGAUGAAUUAUUUGAGGCCAGGUAUUAAGAGAGGUAAUAUUUCUCCUGAUGAAGAGGACCUUAUCAUUAGACUUCAUCGUCUUCUCGGUAACAGGUGGUCUUUGAUAGCUGGAAGGCUUCCAGGACGAACAGACAACGAGAUCAAGAACUAUUGGAACUCUGUACUGUCGAAAAAGUUGAAUGGCGAUGCAUCAAAGCCACCGAAUAGGCAAUGUGAAUGUGAAGGGAAGGAAUCUGUUGAAAAGUAUAGAUCGGGUAGUACUCCUAAUGUGAUUGCCCCUAAGGCCAGACGUUGCACUGGGACCUUAAUCUCACUUGUCAAAGGAAACCAUUUGCCGAACAACCCAUGUCUUGCUUCUUCAACCCCAGCGGAUGAUGAAUUAACGUUGGAAUCUCAAAAGGAUGACGUCCAAAUGCCUAAUGUAGAAGAUGAGGCAUUGAUUGACAGCGAGCUUUAUAUGCCUAAUACUUUGGAUUACUUAGAUUUCUCACAAACUCGGAUAGAGGACAUGUUUGAGAACGGUAACAUGCAUGAGAGUGAGCUUGCACCCAUGUUAGAAAUGGAGUUGGAGAACCUGACCUCUUUGCUAGGACUGGAAGAUGAAUGGAGAGAGCUUGAUGUUGAAAAUGAUUAA